UAUGAAUACGAAGAAAAAUAAUAGUCGUGCACAUACGUAGUACGUAUUAGAAAUAAUGAAAAUAUAUAAAAUGAUCAGUUUUUUUUGUGUACCUAUAUUUUAUUCGCUCGCAUUCGAUGGAAAUGCGAUAUUAAAAGAACUAGGGGAAAAGCAAUAUCAAACAAUAAAAGCAAAAUCAUCUUUGUCACAAGACGGAACAUGUUGGCACAAUGUUCUUAAAAUAAUGACAAUUGAUUGUAAUAACUUAAAUGAUGAAGAACAUUCUCUUCUAGCUCUUAAAUUGACACACUGUUUUUUAAAAGAUUCUGGACACAUAACUUACAAUUGUCAUCUUAGUACAUCCGGAAAUGAACGGCGCAAUUGCAUUAAUAAUAUGCCAGAUAGAGCAUUUAAUGUAUAUAACGAAUUUUAUAUACAUACUACACAUAUGUGUUUUUAUUUAAAUUAUGAAGCUUGGCAAAUUGAAACUGAUAACACUAUAAAGCAGUUGUAUCAAGUUUCUGCACGAAUGAAGCAACAAUUAUUAGAAGCUUCAGAAAUGCAGGGAACUAUGCUUAAAACUCAAAAAGAAAGUUUAAAAAUGCAAAAUGAACUAUUAGAUAAUGGUAAAGAGCUUGGUAGUGUAUUAAAGUCUUCGUCUGCAAGUGUUAAUAAUAUGGUGAAGGAUUUUAAAGAAUCAGCAAAAGAUCAAAGGGAAUUAUUGUUUGAAAUCUUUUCGUACUUACGUACAUUUCAAAACUGGAUUCUUGGAGAAAUCUCCUGGUUUCAAUCUAUCAUGUAUUAUACAGGUAGUUGCAUAUUAUGCGCAUUAUUUAGUUCUUCUAAGAGAACUGUGGAUGCUAGAAUCAUGCUCUUUACAAUUUUAAGCAUAAAUGUUAUAGUGGAACGAAUGUUAGUUCAGUAUUAUAAUAAUACAUCACAUUCUGAUAGCAAUAAGGAAAAUUUGGUAAACGCAACAUGGAUGUACAGAAAAUUGGCUCUAACUAUGUGUGCUAUUUCAUUGUUUUGUACAUACUACUAUUACAAAGAUGAACAAGUGGAAAAUCAUAAAGUAUUAAGACGUAUUGAACAUCAACUGAAUACUAUACAGGAAAUUACAUCUAAUAAUAAUACUAAUUGUUCAAUUCGUUCUUCUGCCCGGUUAGCUUUGAAACAUAUACAGUCACAAACAAAUGAAAAAAAUCAAAAAAGAUAAUAUUUAAAAUGAAUUUUUUAUAGUAAAUUAUAUUUAACCCCCGCG